AUGGAACAGCCCUUUUCGACCUCAAAAGUCACGGUCGAGUACUCCGAUCCUCACGAUGUCUACCGACUGCUCGCCCCGGGCCUCAUUCCUCGACUGCCCUUGAGGCACCUCCAUUGGCAAUCACAUGCUGGACCUCUACGAUCGAUCGAUACUCUUCAUGUCGAGCUCACUGCCGCACAGAGCGAUCCUUUUUCCGUCACCUCCCCUGCAGUCACCCCCGGCGCGCAGCCUCGCUCUGGAAGUGUCUCCGGCAGCGCAUCCGGCCGCGACGAUGGCUUCCAGACCGCGUCCAUAGGGGGUCGCGCUGCCUCUACUGAGACGGUCGGUUCGAAUCCUGCCCUUGCCACCAAGGCUGCUGUUGGUAAAGAGCAACGGCACCAGAUCCCAGGGUUGAGGAGGACUCCGUAUCUCAAGGUGCUGCUGGUACGAUGCGACGACAAUGACUCUUACAAAUCCCAAGUCCGCGGCGAGAUACGAGAGUGGAUCAAGAGCAAUACAUCAUCAGUCUCUGCCCUGAAGAAGUCAGGCGCUGCAGCAAACCAUGAUUCUUUCGAGCUGAUGAUCAUACACGUUGUGAUCCCGAACACAGUGGCGGCCACUCAACCCCGAAUUAGUGGAAAGGCUCCGGAUGGUUCGUCAAACCCAGAUCUGACCAAAACGUCGUCACGAUGGGGCAAGAGCUCCUCGACGCUCCUCGAGAAGCUUCGUGCCGAUUUCAACAGCAGCGGCAAGGUCUCCGUCGAUCGAGUUGCCCAGAUUCGUAUUGGCGUCAAUGAUGUGCCGUACGAUAUGUUGCCGCGCGUAGUCCCCGCAGUACCGACUGGUUAUUCUGAGAACGAGAAGGAUGCUGAAAAUGCCUGGACUGAGCUGAUCGACAAGAUGAAGGACCUAAUCCUCUCGAGUUUCGACAAGCGUGUCGGGCAAUACGAGGAGGAUAUCCGAGAGAAGGACACCCAGCGCAGUCUCCCCGGCUGGAAUUUCUGCACUUUUUUCAUCCUCAAAGAAGGCCUCGCUCGAGGGUUCGAGAGCGUGGGCCUGGUCGAAGAUGCCUUGGUCGGAUACGACGAGCUCAGUGUUGGUCUAGAUACCAUCGUCCAAGAACAAACAGUCGCGGGCUCGGCCACAACCCAUGGGGGCUCGCUCCUGAACUACACUGAUGAUUUGAAGAAGAUGGCGCAGAAAGCUGUGGCCUCCAUUGUGCAUGGCAACAUCGAAUACGAAGGCGACGAGGAGACCGUCGAUUUACAGUCCAAAGACAAGAUGUCUACCGACUAUGUGGAGGACAUCCCCAUCAGCUCGACCAAAAAGCAGUACCGUGAGAUGAUCCUGGCAAACAAUGUGUCGGUAUUCGAUUUUCGCUGUUACAUCUUCUCGCGCCAGAUCGCCCUCCUCCUGCGCCUAGGCAACGCUUGGUCAUCUCGGGAAGAGCUACUCGCCAAGCUUAAGGAGCAACAAGAGUCUGUCCUUUGCGGCGUCGCCUCCAACGUCCCCCUUCCGAAGGCGACCGACGAAACAGAAAAUCUCUCCAUGCUGGCAGAGAUCUGCAGGAGAACGCUUGAGUUCAUUCCUGCCCUUUCUCAAUUGAUGCGCCAGGACAUCCUCGCCGCCAUCGCUGAUAAGGACUUCCACACAGCGGAACUUGGUCCCGAUGUGCCGACUGAAGCUGCGCUCGCAGAGGUCGUCGACAACAUCGUAACCUCGUAUGCGUUCUCUAUUGCGCAACAAGUUCUUGCUCAGACAUCCACAAAGGCUUUGCCCAUCCCACCAUCGACGCUUGCAUCGCCCAAGGACGCCCACGAACCUAAAGCCUCCAUACCGGAACCCAAGACCAUGAUGCAUCCCGCUAGAAGCUCGUCCCUAAACGUUAGGCCCGGUAGUAGACCUCCUCCUAGCCCCGGUGUAUUCCCCGGAGGCACAGGCCGUCGAAACUCCGUGCCAGGCCCCGAAAAGACGUCCUCGCAUUUCCUUAAGGCCGGACUGGAGGACCUCGCCGCUAGGAGGGCGGAGCUCUACGCGCUGUCCCGCAACAUUCUCGAGGAAUGCGGCAAGAAGCGAGGCUGGAGUGACGGCUGGGUAUCUGUGCCCAUUGUCGGCGAGACUGGUGUAGAAGAAAUGGACGAAAUCAACCUUGACGACGAGGUGGCUGCCGCCUCUGAGCUCAAAGAGACGAUGCCUAUGACUAGAGAUGCAUUUCACACCGUUGCUGGGUUUGAUAACCGCCUGCUUCGCACAGCUCUUGACAACAAGGAGGAUUUCUACAGACUUUACGAAACACUCACGGACAAGGCACUGCGGCACUACAACGUUGCCGGCCAUAUUCAUUCCGUUAAUGCAAACAUGGCUGAUCUCGCCGUGCUCAAAUAUCACCUGGGUGAUUAUUCGGGGGCAAGGGAGUGCUUCUACCAGAGCACGCCCUUUUUUGGAGAGAGUGGAUGGACUCUCCUGGAAUUGUCCAUGUUAGUCAUGUAUUCCAAAUGCCUGCAGCGCCUGCAACGCAAGCCUGACUUUGUCAGGGCUGCACUGAAGCUUCUGACCAAGGCUGCCAUGGCCGAACGGGAGCGCAUCAACGACAAAACAGCGCUGAGGAUCGGCCGUACCGUAAGGCCGACCUAUCCAGACAAAGAUGCCAUUCGGGGAGUUUUGGACGAGCUUAUCGAGGCAUCGAAGGAGCUGCCAGAGGAUGAAUAUAUUCCUCUGACCACCCUUUUCACCAACAUUGACAUCGAAGGUGCUCCUGUCUAUCAGGAUAGGCAAGACAGCUUCUCGAUCACGCUCCAGCUGCACAGCCUACUUGUGGACGAGCUCGGUGUCGACCACGCAAAAGUGCGCCUCGUUGGCCACGCGGGCAAUGCGACCCGUGAGGUCUGGGUGGAGAGCACGAGCCCUUUGAAGUUGUCACCAGGCAAGAACAAGAUACAGCUACAUAGCAAUGUGAUUGUGCCUGGCAUUUAUGAGGUUGCUCAGGUGCGCUUGUCCAGCGGCAAGCUCUGUCUUGUCCACGACCGGGAUACAACGCAGACAGCGACGCUCAGCCCAAGCCAUGUCUUGCGACAUCCACGCAUUACUCUGUACCAACGAUCUGGCGCUUUCGACGUUCGCAUGUCUUCCGCGAGACACAUGCAACUGGACAAGAACAACUGCUUGGACUUGGAACUCCUGAGUGGCUGGAACGAGGUUACCAACUGUGAACUGCGCGUCAAGCCAGCUACUGGCGGGCUGCGUCUAUUGACAAGCGAGACGAAGGUAGUCGAAAACGGGGAAGGAAAGCCUCUCAAACCCACCGAGGGAAGUCUAUUCAACUUCAAGUCCCUCCCGGCCGGAACAUCUGUGAAGAUACAGUUCCCCUUCACCACUGACCAGGAUGUUGUCAGUGUGUCUGUGAGAGUCGAUGUUACAUACUCGACCGAGCAUGGAAGCUUCACAUUCUCCAAGACACCGUCAGUGAACGUGGGACUCGCACUGGGGGUCAACGUCCAGGACGUGUUCAAACACGCCGCGCUUUUCGAGCGCUUCACGGUGUCCACAGCCACUGCGAGCCCUUUGAGGCUUUACCGGAGUGAGCUUCUGGACUCAGACAUAUUCGAAUCACACUUUGGAACCGCACCUGAUAGACCAAUAACGAUCUUUCCGAAACAGCCUGCCGGUCUACUCUACAAAGUUACGCGGAGACACGACCAGAUCAAGUCAAAGGCGAAGAAGACUAUGUAUCUCAAGCUUUAUUACAGUGUGGUUCAGGAGGAGCUCUCGUCACUUGUCGAGAAAUCUCUUUCCGAGGAACUGAGCAGCGACACCCCCCUAUCGGAUCUAUCGCGGCUUCUAACCAGUACUGUAGUCCAACACAUUCAGAAAGGCUGGUCUGGAGAUGACCUUGAGCGUGUCACACUUCUCGGUGAAUUCUCCACCGCUUUCCUGGCGAACGUUCAUUGGGAACGAUAUUUUACAGGCCUGGGAUGCUCUCCACUGGACGGUUCGGAUCUGUCACAGGCAGCGGCAGACUUCAUCAGAGAAUGGCAGAGGAAGCACCCGAAACUUCCUCUCUUGGAAACAGACCCAGACGAGAGUGAGCUUCAGACUAUUCUGAUACCUGUUGACAUCCCGUCGUUGACCAUAGUCCACACUGCCGACAUACGGCUGCAAGAAGGCGUUCCAUCUCUGCUCGAUGGCACCAACACGGACCUACUAGAACCAGAAACCGUGUGCGUGAACCAGCUCAUUCCUGCUACUCUCCACCUCAAAUGGACACGCAUCUGGGAUACUGGGUCGUCUGAGACGGGCGUUGUUCUGCCCCCCAACUCGACGGACCUCGAGUUCAGCUACGAGGUAUCUGCCCCUGCUGAUACGUGGCUGCUGAGCGGGAGGCGGAAGGGACACUUCGUCAUCCCCGCACCACAGAAUGCAGAAGGCGGCGAGGGCAUGAGCUCGACGCCCGACACCGAGGCAGACAUACCCUUGCUACUGAUCCCGCUCCGCGAGGGAUACUUGCCCUACCCGACGGUGGAUAUUCGCGAGGUACAUUCCACGGGCGGAGGUUUGGACGAGCAUACCUUUGCACACGCCUCUGAUACGGAUCAUCGCAACCUGGGUGAGACUGUCAGGGUGGUCGCCGACCGGGCGAGGGUGACGGUGAGCUUGGAUGCGAGCGGACCCGGCGGUGGGCCACUGGUGCUCGAGAGCGAAGGGAGAGGUUUGGAGGGGAGGAUUGUUGUCUGA